GGGAAAAAAGCAAAGUAGGUAAUUAUGACGGCACGGACAAAAAAAUAUGUAAAGCCGAGCGACGAUCUGAUCUGUGAACUGGCUACCAUCCAAUCGAAAAGCGAAAAGGAUACCAAUCCAAAGAUUAGGAGCGCAAAGCCAGGGAGUUGGAAGCUGUCCUCAAGGAACUCUUCCCGGAGGCAGAAGAAAUGUAUUCGGCGGUGAAGCCGCUCUCCAAGUAUCUGCAAUUCAAGUCCAUUCGCAUCUACGACGCCGUCUUCACCAUCCACUCCAAGUGCACGGUGGUCAUCCUGCUCACCUGCUCGCUGCUCCUCUCGGCCCGCCAAUAUUUCGGGGAUCCCAUCCAGUGCAUCGGCGAGGAGAAGCAUAUCGAGUACAUACAGUCCUACUGCUGGACCAUGGGCACCUACAUCCUGAAGGUGGACAGCUACAGCGAGGAGCAGCUCCAGCUGCCAGUGGUUCAGCAGGAGGAGGAGGGAGUAACCUCUUCAGCCUCCUCCACCUCAUCCACCUCUACAACCCAGUCGUUUUGGAGGAGCCGCUCCAGAUAUCGAUCCAGAUCCCAGAGUCUCAGAAGGUUGGGGGACUACAACGAGGCCUAUGCGAGGGCCAUGUCGAUUGCCGAGGGCGUGGGCCCCGAGAUUCGGGGUCAGUCGGAGCGGGAGUACCUGCGCUACUACCAGUGGGUCAUCAUCCUGCUGCUCUUCCAGUCGUUCAUCUUCUACUUCCCCUCCUGCCUGUGGAAGGUGUGGGAGGGCCAGCGGCUCAAGCAGCUCUGCUCGGAGGUGGGCGAGGCCCUGCUCUCCGAGGAGACCUACAACACUCGGCUGAGGCUGCUCGUGAAGUACUUCACCACCGACUACGAGGACAUGCACUUCUGCUACAUGGCCAAGUACGUCUCCUGCGAGAUCCUCAAUUUCUUGAUCAGUGUGGUGAACAUAAUCGUCUUGGAGGUCUUCCUGAACGGCUUCUGGUCGAAGUACCUGAACGCCCUGGCCACCAUUCCGUUUUACGACUGGGACCGCUGGAACCGCGUCUCCUCGAGCGUCUUUCCCAAGAUCGCCAAGUGCGAGGUGCUCAAGUUCGGGGCGAGCGGGACGGCGAAUAUCAUGGACAACCUGUGCAUCCUGCCGCUGAACAUACUGAACGAGAAGAUCUUCGUGUUCCUGUGGGCCUGGUUCCUCCUGAUGGCCCUGAUGUCCGGCCUGAAUCUGCUCUGUCGGCUGGCGAUGAUCUGCAGCAGGAAUCUGAGGGAGCAGAUGAUCCGCAGCCAGUUGCGCUUCAUGGCCAAGCGGCAUGUGAAGCGCGCCCUGCGGGAUCUGACCAUCGGAGAUUGGUUCCUCAUGAUGAAGGUCAGCGUCAAUGUGAACCCGAUGCUCUUCCGGGAUCUCAUGCAGGAGCUGUGCGAGCUGCGCACCUCCUCCUCGGCCAGCACUUUGGAGAGCCCCGUCUAGGAUCUAUAACUAUAUAUGAUCUUAUUUGAAUAAGGAUCAGGAUAAGGAUAACGAUCAGGAUCGGGAAAUCGCCUGGAAGACCUUCGCAGCCCAAUUGACGUUGCCGUCGUUCGUUGAUUCGUGCGUUUUUGCUUACAUACAUGUGGAUAUUACAUAUAUUUCCUCCAUUACUUGCAUUACUUCCAC